CCAUCGUGGACGAACUCCAGUCCGGGUUUUGUUACCCCGGCGGCUGGAGGAGUCGGCGGCGGCUUCUUGCCCUGUGUGCUCUUCUCCUCGGCGCCCCCAGCAGUCCCCUUCCGCGUGGUCCUGCCGCCGACUGGUACAAGAACAACAGCUCAGGUGCCACUGAACCAGAUCGGCAAGAUGUCUUGAUAGGAGAAGGCUUUUACUGGAACCGCAGCCAUUGCUCCUGUUUUUGAAUUCUUCAAUCAGGUUUUCACUGAGGGAACUAGUUCAUUUAUGCUUCCCUUAUCGGAUAUGGAUUAAAUGGACUAAAGCUCUAUGGAGAGACUUCUAUCUUCCACAGACACGCUACGAAGAGGCUCAGAUCAUAGAAGAACAGGUCCAUGUUUUGAUGUUCCAGGCUGGACCCACUGGCAGAUCAUUUUCCAAGGCAAACUGGCCUGAACUGGUGGACCCCUUACUCUCCAGUUUUGGUGACAGUUUUUGCAGUCUCCACUCAAUGCCCCCCUGAUUGUCGCUGUUUCCAAACUCCCUGUCCGUGGCUUGGCUGAAGGAAGCUGAAGAGAAGAUGCUGGACCUCAGCUUUCUGACCGAAGAGGAGUACGGGAAACUGAUGACAGUUCUGCAGAGGGAUGCAGAACUCAAGAAGAAAGAUGGCGACCGUAUCAGACGUAUACAAGGCUCACUGAAAGAUGAAAAGAAGAAGUUUGUGACGGGUGAAUGGUUUCAUGAGGUGAAGGCGCAGCGCUUCCAGGAGGCCUUGGAAGGGCCGGAUCUACUCCGAGCUUCAAUUAAAAAGAAAAAGAACAACUUUGAUGAGAAGGGCAAUGAGCCAACCCAGGAGAGUCUGGAAGGCCGAGAUGCUUAUUUUCCAUUGGAAGCUACCAUUUUGCCCUCUCCGAAAUCUGAAGAAGAAAGGCCAUUUGAAUCCCCUUUGGAGUCUCCUGAAGGACACCGAGCCAAACAAAAGCCAAGGCUGACAUUGUCUUCUCCACCAUCUUCAUCAGAAAAGAGAUCCAGUCUGGAGGAUAUAUCACCAGCAGACAGUGGGGUUGGGAUAAGUCCGUUCUUGGGUUCGAGAGGAGAUUUGCAAGGAGAUGAGAAAGGUCACGAAAUAUCCAGUGUGAUUUCUGCAAGGCUUUCCGAAAAGGAUGUGACUGAUUUCUCUCACUUUAGUGGAGGAGAUGUUCCUGACUCUGUAGGAGUGAUCCCACCUACUAGAGCAAUUCAGCCGACUUUACACGAAGAUGUCAACACUUCUAGCAAGAUCCCAGUCAAGAGGAAAUCUAGCAAAGAGCCGUUUGGUCCCAUCACAGAUCUGAUUAACGGAGUCGGCAAUGCCGAACUUGGUCUAACUAAGAGAGGAUCACUGAAGACCUCAAAACUAUCAUCUCAGGGAGGGGAGAAUGACCGUCCGGUGAAACAAGGACCCAACUAUACAAUCUCCUCUAUGAGCAACAAAGAUGAAGAAGUGGCCCUCGAUCAGGAACAUUUCAAGAAUUUGAAGAACUUUUGGGAGAAGGGUGGCGAAUCCCUUUUGGCGAAUGAUGUGUCCGAACCACUGAUGGAAAAAGCUGAGGUUAACGGAAGGCCAUCGAGAUUGAACCGAUCUCUCUCAGCCCAGUCCAAUCAAAGCCCAAAUAGUGAUGACAAGCUCAGUUCUCAUGUACAUGGCAGAGCCAGAAUCCCCUACAGAAAGACAGCCGUCUUGUCUUCCAGUGAAGAUGAACCCAGUUACAUAGCGCACCCAAGAAAAGGAUCGGGAUCAGGAAUUCCCAGGUCCACUUACGGGAGAAACAAAGGGCCAAUGGCUCGCAACAGUCUAAGCGAUGGCAAUGGUAAGCAGUCUCCGGCAGAAGAGGAAAAGAAAGCCCAGCGUUUCACAAGGAGAUCGAAAUUGCCAGUUCGAGUCCCAUCGGUCAAAAUAGAGAAGCCUUCCAUAGAGCAGACUGGGUUCAGUUUUGAGCCAGAGACGCCCGCUGAUGAUUUUGUCAUGGCCGAAGAAAGCAGAUGUAAGAGGGAUUCAUUGGCUGGAAGGGUUCAGAUACUGAUUGAGUCUGUUCCUUCUUCAGAGGAUAUGGACAAAGAUGGCAGUGUGGAAAAUGAAAGUUUGAACUUGAGCGUUCAAAACAACCUGGAGGCGGAUGAGACACUAUCUAGCAAAGAACUUCCUUGUUCUGAUGAAGGUUUGUCACAAAAUGGAGCUUCUAGUGAAACAGGAAAUACCAGUGAAACUCAGGAAAUGGAUCCUUCUACCCCUUCAGAGAGAAAUGGGCACCCAUCUCCCGUUGCCAGAAAAUCACCGCGUGCCAACGGGUAUAGCCUGGCAAAGAGCAUGGUGAAUCUUUACACAACCACGGAGACCUAUUCUAAGCCACAAAUACUGACCCAUCAAUACCUUGAGCCUGAGAGAGCCAAAGACCUGAGCAAAUCCAGUCCUCUCCUGCUCUCAGAGACAGAAUCGGACACCGCUUCCGAGAUCAGCUUCCAGUUCUACCGACACAAGAAGUCUCCAAGUGUGGGGAGUCACUCCUCGGAUAUGGCCUCCGUCUCCUCGGUGAGUGGAAGCGUUCUGAGCGUCUACAGUGGCGAUUUUGGGAGUGUCGAUGCCCAGGGGGUGGUUCAGUUUGCCUUGGAUUACGAUGAGAAAAACCGAGAAUUCCAGAUUUUCGUCUCUCAGUGCAAGGACCUGGCCAUUGUGGAUGAGAAGAAAGUUAGGACGGACCCGUACGUCAAGACCUACCUCCUUCCAGACAAAGCACGGAUGGGGAAAAGGAAAACCUCUGUGAAGAAGAGGACCGUCUCCCCCAUUUACAAUGAAGUCUUGCGGUAUAAAAUAGAGAAAAUGGUUUUGCUGAUUCAGAAGCUGAACCUCUCCAUCUGGCACAACGACCCUCUUGGGCGGAACAGUUUCCUGGGCGAGAUUGAGGUCGACUUGGCUGGCUGGGACUGGCAGAACAACAGGCUGAACUGGUACAUGCUCAAACCCCGGAGUUUGUCGGCCUUCAAUUGCGUGGAUCACCGGGGAGUGAUGAACCUGUCCAUUAAAUACAUCCCACCAGGAAGCCUAGGUCGCAAAACCCCUCCAUCUGGGGAGGUCCACAUCUGGGUGAAAGACAUCAAAGACCUUCCGCAGCUGCGUCCCUCGGGAGUGGACUCCUUUGUGAAAUGCUACGUUCUUCCAGAUACGAGUAAGAAGAGUUACCAGAAGACCCGAAUUGUCAAGAGAGACUCCAAUCCGGUCUUCAACCACACCAUUGUGUACGACGGGUUCCAUACGGAGGACCUGAAAGAUGCCUGCGUGGAAUUGACUGUCUGGGAUCAUGAAAAGCUAACCAACCACUUCCUCGGAGGGAUCCGCCUGGGACUUGGGACAGGCUCCAGUUACGGGAUUGCAGUGGACUGGAUGGACUCCACGCAAGAAGAAGUGGCCUUCUGGCAGGAAAUGAUGUCGACGGCCAAUGAGUGGAUUGAGGGGUCGCUGCCUCUGCGCUCCUUGGCGGGAAGGAAAAAGCUGAAAUGAAAUGAAUGAGUUUCGCCCAACUAAGCAACGGAACAUGGAUGGAAGACACUGGGAAAUGCUGGAACGCAUCCAACUUUUUGGGUGGCUUUUGUGACAUAGUUUGGAGAAACGCAAAAAGGACAAUCGUCUCUCCAUACCCAUGGAUUCAACCAUCCACGCCUUGAAAACAUUUCUGAAGAAUUCCAAAAAGCAAUCCUCGACUUUGCCAUUUUAUAUAUAUUGCAGGGACUUGAGCAUCCAGAGCAUUUUGGCAUCAUGGUACCCUUCUGGAGAUAUCUUGUCCUGAUGCCAUCUCAGCUCACAGGUUGAAAGAACUGCUGUUUAUUGUUGUAACAUUAAUGUGUCUUUUAUUCGUCAAUUUUUUCCAAAAACGGACCCAAAAGGCAGAGUGAAAAAAAUGUAAAUAUUUUAGGCUUUGGUCUCAACCUGUGGGGAUGACAGUAUCAUAAAAAUGAACUCUAAAGCAAGAAGAGGACGCUGGAAAGUUGGAGCAAAUGAUGGAAAUGAACACUAACUGGCUUAUAUAAGGAGUUGUAUUAUGGUGAACCAAAUAAGCAAUCCAUCUCACCAGGAUGGUGCUCUUUCAAGAAAGGGCCAAAAGCUGAUCGCAGUCUGUCAUUAUAUUACCAAUAGAAUGGUUGCUGAGAUGCUUGCAAAAAAUGUUGAAUUAAAUCUGCUGUAGCAAAGGCCAGCCCUGCCAUUGGGAAUAAGGGGCAAUUGCCUCAAAUGGAGAAGCUCUUCUCUCCUCUUGAAGGCAAACUGUCUUUAUCCCAAGCUGUCCUCGAAUGUGAAGAAGGAUAUCUCUUGCUAGUCCUAACUGAAUACAUUCUUAAUCAGGGGAUCAUACUCAGGAUGACUUCACUUAUAUUAUAUUCACAAUUCUGUAGCUGUCGAUGUAGCAAAAGUGGAAAGCACAGUGAUGCAUAGCUCCUGGACUGUUUAUUUGAGAUGUGAAAUAAUAGCAGCAGGGUAAAUAAGGAGAUUCUCCCUCCCCAUUUACUCUGGGCAUUGAAUGAGGCAACAACAAAGCUUUCAAGUUUCCCUCUGUUUCUGACUAAUGUACGUAGAGGAAGCCAACGAAAAAGGAAACGGAUGAAGCAAAAUUUGGAUAGGUAAUGGUAAAGGUUUCCCCUGAUGUUAGUCCAGUCGUGACCAACUCUGGGGGUUGGUGCUCAUCUCCAUUUCUAAGCUGAAGAGCCGCCAUUGUUCAUAGACACGUCCAAGGUCAUGUGGCCAGCAUGACUGCAUGGAGCGCCGUUACCUUCCCGCCGGAGCGGUACCUAUUGAUCUACUCACAUUUGCAUGUUUUCGAACUGCUAGGUUGGCAGGAGCUGGGGCAAACAGCGGGCGCUCAUUCCGCUCCCAGGAUUUGAACCUGGGACCUUUUGGUCCGCAAGUUCAGCAGCUCAGCGCUUUAACACACUGUGCCACCAGGGGCCCCAGAGUUUGGAUACUCCAUACUUACACUUUGUCAGUAGCAGCUUAGAAGGUAACAGUUACUUGACAUAGUUAUUAGCACUUUUAAUUAAAAGUGAAAGGUAGCAUUUCAGCAGGCUGAAGGUCUUUUGGGUUGCUGUGAGAUUUCCGGGCUGUAUGGCACGUUCCAGAAGCAUUCUCUCCAGACGUUUCGCCCACAUUUAUGGCAGGCAUUCUCAGAGGUUGCGAGGUCUGUUGGAAAUGAGGCAAGUGGGGUUUAUAUAUCUGUGGAAUAUCCAGUAUGGGAGAAAGAACUCCCCUUUUUGGGGCAAGUGUGAAUGUUGCAAUCGACCAGCUUGAUUAGUAUUGAAUAGCCUUGCAGCUGCAAAGUCCAGCUUUUCUGUGUUCUCAAAUCAUAUGCUGUGUCCACUCCAACAACCACCAUGUCAGACUACACAGAGAAGCCACUGAAAUCCACAGGCAUGCAGUCAUGCCGGCCACAUGACCUUGGAGGUAUCUAUGGACAAUGCCAGCUCUUCGGUUUAGAAAUGGAGAUGAGCACCAACCCCCAGAGUCAGACACAACUAGACUUAAUGUCAGGGGGAAACCUUUACCUUAUCUGUUAUAAAGAAUCAAUACAUUAGAGUAAGGAAUGUUGUGGAACUUCUUUGUUUUCUAUGGUUUCUCUAGGGCAGGGUUGUUUCUCUAUGCCAUCAAGUCAAUGCUGAUAUCUAGCAGUACAUUUCUUGACAGGAUGUAUUCAAAAGAGAUUUGCUAUGGCCUUUUAGGCUGAGAGAGUGUGACACACCCAAGAUUACUCAGUGGGUUUUUGUGGGCAAAUGUUGAUUUCCAGAGCCUCAAACCAAAUAGGCAGAACCAUUUGUUAUUGUAACCUCCCUGGAGCCUGUGCAAACAUGUCUUGACAUUCAACUGACAUAAAGCCAAAGAUUUUGCUUGUG